AUGACUGAUAAAGAUAUCAAAAUCAAAUCUCUAGAAUCAGAACUAGAAAGUCGAUAAACCUAAGUUUUAUAGCUUGAAACAAAAGUUGCUACUCUUGAGACUAGAAUCAAUUAAAAUGCAGAUGUAUUUCAACAACUUUUUAAAUUCUAGGUCUUAGAAUUAUAGGAGAAGAUCAAAAUGCUUGAGACUCAGAAUAUAAAACUUGUAGAAAAAAACCAAAGUGAUGUUGUAGAAUGGAAAACUAAGGAAAGAGAAUUUAAGGUAGAAGUUACAUCUAUAUAAUAAAGCAAUUACUUAAGUAGCAUUAAGAUGAGCUUGCUACUAUUAAGAAUGAAUUGGAUUUAGCCAAUCAAUAAUUGGCUAAUUAGUAACAUUAAGAUGGGAAUAAUUCUGGAUUAGAAUAAACUAUUAGAGAUUUAUAGUUAGACUGCAAUGAUUUAAAAUAAAUCAAUGAGAAGUUAAAACAUAAUGAAAAUAUACUAAAUUUGGAGAAGGAGAAAUUAAAGAAUCAAUUAACAGACUUAGAGGAAGAUAAAAAGUAGAUGUAGAACACUUUAUAAGAUUUAAAAAAUAAACACAAUAAAGAAUUAGAAACUUUGAGAGAACAAAUACAUUAAUAUUAAAAUGAGAUACUAUAGAAAGAGAAAAUGCAUGAGGAAUAAAUGAGAAAUCUAUCAAGAUUAGAAUAAUAAAUGGAAAAUAAAGCUAAAACUAAUGAGGAAGAAAUUGAUCAAAUAAAAAGAAAUAAGGAUUAAUUAUAAUGUGAAAAUGAUAGUCUAAAAAAAAUGUAUGAAAAAUAAAUAUAGGAAAUGCAAUAUUUAGAUUAAUAAAUUAAUUGUUAUACUAAAUAAGUCUCUGAAAAAGAUAAAUAGUUAUAAGUAUUAUAAAAUAAGGUUGAUGAAGAACAAAAUAAAGUAACUAGUUUAUAAAAGAACAAUAUAGUACUAGAAGAAAAAUUGAAGGAUUAAUAGUUGACUUAUGAGAAUAUUUUUAAAGAUUAGGAGGGAUAAAUAUAGAAUGUAAAGAAGGAAUAUGAGAAAAGAAUUUCAUAAAUACAAAAGUAUUUUAUUUUAUAAUAAUUUUAUAGAGAAAAUGCUACUAUUCUAGAAUAAUUACAAUAAUAAAAAGAUUAGAAUAGAGAGUUGAUUAGAGACUUGGUAACAAAAAGAAAAGAAUAAGAAGAUCUAUAAAGGGAAAGAUCAAGUGAGUAGUUUGAGAAAGAUAAGAAAUUAGUGGAAUCAUAUGAGAAAAUAAGAAAAUUAGAUUAAGAAGUAUAGAGUGCUCUUUUCUAUAGGUAAAAGCCUUGAUGAAAUAAAAUAAAUCUUAAAAGGAAUAAAUACUAAUGCUUGAGGGAGAUCUUAAUAAAGCAAAAGAGUAAGUGAGGAUGCUAUUAAGAGAUAAAUCUGAAUUAAAGUAGUAAUUAGAUUUUUUGAUUUCAUAAUAAAAUAAAAAAGGUAGAUUGAAUGAAAUUGAUUAAUUGAAAAAGUAAGUUCAAGAAUUGUAGACAGAAUUACAAUUAUUAAAGGAAUCACAUAAAUCAGCAUAAAGUUAAUUGAGAUCUACAAUGGAAUCAACAAACUAUUAGAAAGGGAGAUUGAAAAAGUUAGAAAUUGAAAAUUAAUCUUUACUGGAUUCAAAAAUAAGAUUAGAGAAUUUAUUUUAAGAGUUAUUAGAUUCAACAAAAUCUAAAAAGAUGCAAAGAAAUCAUUCUGAAGUUUAGAUAAAUGGAUAUUAGGGUAAAAUGAUAACAGAGAAUAGUUUAAUAUAUUUAGAACCAAUGACUGAGAGAUUGACAGCUUAAACUAGUAAUAAUUAGAUGUAAAAGAAUGGAGAUGUUCGUUCACUUUUUAAACGACCAAUUUAAGUUGUUAGAAUUAGAUCAUCAGGAAAAUAAAAGGGAAAAAAAGAAAAUUAAGAGAACAAAAGUAAUAAUAAGGUGAUAGAAGAAUAAUUUGUAGAUUAAGAUAAGAAGGAAGAGAAUGAAGUACCAGAGGAAGUGGAUUCUUAAAUGAAUUAAGGAGAGAAUUAAUAGGAUGAUGAUGAAUAGAAAUAAUUAUCAUAAGGUUCAGAUAAUGAAUUAUUAUGA